AUGUUUUCAAACUAUUUCGGAAACCCACUUGUGGAAUGUCGUGCUGAAUGCUACGGAGAUCGUGACUGCCCAUCUGGACGACCAGCAUGUAUCUAUGGCGUGUGCAAAAACCCAUGCGAUGGUGCUUGUGGUGUGAACGCCGACUGUAAUUUGAGAGGUUUGACUCCAAUUUGUUCGUGUCCCCGCGACCACACCGGUGAUCCAUUUACUCGCUGCCGUCCUUUCACUCCAGAGGAUUUGUGCUCACCAAACAACCCAUGCGGAACUAACGCAAAAUGUACUCCAGGCCAUGAUAAUACAGGACGUGAACGGCCAGUGUGUACCUGUUUACCAGGAUAUACUGGCAAUCCUUUAACACACUGCGCACGAGGCGAAUGCCAAAGUGAUGUUGAAUGCUCAGACAGUCGUGCCUGUAUCAAUUAUUCAUGCGUUGAUCCAUGCAUUGGUCAAUGCGGUAGCAAUGCCAUUUGCGAAGCUAAACGCCACUUAGCUGUUUGCAAAUGUCCACAAGGAACAAGCGGCGAUGCUUUGGUAUCAUGUCGUCAAUCGCGUAGCUAUCCAGUAGCCAGAUACUACAAGAGAGAAGUUGAUCUUUCAGAUUCAACCGAAAAUCCAUCUCCAGAAAAUUAGAUAGACUUACCAUCACACUGAACGAAACUUACUUUCUAUUACACCUUUGGACAAAAAACGGAAAAAAAACUUCAAUUCACUUAAUAAUAAAUCGUCUCUCGCUCUCUCUAUGUGUUCAAAGUCGUCGAAAAAUAAAUAAUAGUAACAAACACGAAGAAACAAAGAAAAA